AUGGACUCUAUCUUUGAGAAUGUUAAGAAGAGGAUAGCUAUGCUAUCGAAAACGAAACUUAACUCUGUGAAUCUGUUUCGUGCUAUAAAUGAAUAUGCAUUGUCACUAUAUAAUUAUUAUAUUGGGCUAAUCAAUAUUGAACCUUCUGAAUUUGAUGAUAUUGACAGACAAAUACGGCAAUUGCUUACGUCGCUCAGAUUACAACCUGCAAAUAAAGAGAGACUGUAUUUAAACCAGAAGGCUCUUGGAAGAGGGCUUUCAUCAGUUACUUUCAAAAGUGAACUAAUGCUCUUUCAGUUCCUUACGAGUCUGGAAAAUAUGUCAACUAUAUGCUUACGGAGGGCCGGGAUUCUGCGUGUAAUUAAAAUAAAUAAAUGGCAUUUGGCUAUGAUCGCAGGAUUUCUAUCCUCUAAAUAUGCAAUUGUUGAUAAGAAGACUAUUACUAUUGAGUCUCUAAAGUCCAGUCCGAUACAAUAUUUACAAAAGAAAAUUAGUUCUAAAGCACUACAUUCUGUGCUCUUCAAAUUUAUGGAUGAACCUAAUGUUGAUUUACCUGCAUCCUCAGACUGGCUAUCUAAUGGAAAUAAUGGGCCACGAAGCGAAGCAUUGUAUUGUCUUUUGCAAGAUCGAAACUUGUUCUUUGCAUCCGCUGACUCAUUAUGCAAUCAUUGUAAGAAAAGCAAGAAAACUGUUGACCACAUGGCUACUCAGUGUGGUAAAAUGCUCAACAGUGAUUAUCUCCGGAGACACAACGAAGUUGUGAAGUGUAUUCACCUUAACUUGUGCCGAAUGUAUGGACUCAAAAAAGCAAGACGAUUGAAGGGACAUUCUGUUCAGUCAACACUGUUGACGGGAAAAAUUGAAAUCAUGGUUGAUACAACAAUCCUCACCGAAACAAAAGUAGAAUACAACAAGCCAGAUAUCUUUGUUCACGACAAAGUCAGAAACGAAAUAAAUCUAAUUGAAGUGGGUAUUACUUCACAGGAUCGCCUCAAGCAAGUGGAGGUUGAAAAGUGUCACAAGUAUGAUCUACUGGCAAGCGAGCUUUUGCUUCUGUAUAGCUGUCAAAAGGUUGGGAAAACUGGAGGCCGUACUGCUGAUCUUUUUCUAGACAACGAAAAGAUCUCAUUCACAAAGAACACUAAAAUUCUGGAAGUCACUUUUGACACCAACAUGUUUUUAACUGCCCAUUUAGAAAAGUCCAUCAGAUCCAGUCAGAAAAAGAUUGGACUAAUCAAAUCGAUAUUUGGCGGACUAAAGAAACCGUUUCCGGCUCUUGGCACUCUCUAA